AACCGACCGCGUGGUUCGGUCCGCGGGACGCAGAGUCACUGCUCUGCUGCAGAACGAGUCUGACAACUCGACCAUCAUUUAUUAAAGAUGAAUUAAUAACGUGAUGAAAUGUCAACAAGAGAUUUUCUCCUCUGAUCUGAAAACAACCUGCGAUUCAUUCAUCUUCUAUAAACACGUUUAAAGACGAAACAGUGACGUCGUGUGUGUGUGUGUGUGUGUGUUGGUGUGCGUGUGAGUGUGUGUGUGUGUGUGUGUGUGUGUGUUGGUGUGUGUGUGUGAGUGUGUUGGUGUGUGUUUGUGUGUGCGCGCGAGCUCAUGAGAAAUGCAUAGGGAGUUUGCAGGAAGCGAUAAGAGCGAGGCAGGUGGAUGAGGCGACAAGACAAGAGAUGACAGGAGAGGAGAGGAGAGGAGCGUCAUGGCAUCCGGAGCGUUGUUCCCCAGCUUGGUGUCCGGGUCCCGCGGCUCCUCCUCUAAAUACCUGGUGGAGUUCCGAGCCGGGAAGAUGAACAUGAAGGGAGCGACGGUGACGCCAGACAAGCGGCGAGGUCAAGUGUACGUCCAGCAGACGGACGACUCGCUCAUCCACUUCUGCUGGAAGGACCGGACGAGUGGGAACGUGGACGACGACCUGAUCAUCUUCCCUGACGACUGCGAGUUCAAGCGGGUGAACCAGUGUUCGACCGGACGAGUCUACGUGUUGAAGUUCAAGGCUGGUUCCAAAAGACUCUUCUUCUGGAUGCAGGAGCCGAAGACCGACAAGGACGAGGAGUUUUGCCGCAAAGUGAACGAGUACCUGAACAACCCGCCAAUGCCCGGCGCGCUGGGCAGCGGCGGCAGCGGAGGUCACGACCUGUCCGCUCUGGGAGGGGAGGGCGGUUUGCAAAGCCUUCUGGGUAACAUGAGCCACAACCAGCUCAUGCAGCUCAUUGGACCUACCGGACUGGGCGGGAUUGGUGGUCUCGGGGCUCUGGCCGGUCCAGGCCUCGCCAACCUGCUGGGCAGCAGCAGCAGCAGCAGCAGCAGCAGCGUCCCUGCAGCCAGCAGCUCCUCCACUAGUCCAUCUACAGCCGUCACCCCCACCUCCACCUCCACCGCCAGCCGGCUCGGCUCCUCCCAGGUGCCCACCACACCCAUCACUCCCUCCGCCACCACCGCAGCCUCCCCCACCGCCACCACCCCGUCCACCCCUGCUGUGACCUCACUGGCCGCAGGUGCAGCCAACCCCACGCAGCCCAUCCAGCUGAGAGACCUGCAGAGCAUCCUGGCCACCAUGAAUGUUCCUGCCAGCGGCCAGGGAGUUGACCUUGCCAGCGUCCUGACCCCGGAGGUCAUGGCUCCCAUCCUGGACAACCCUGAGGUGCAGCAGAGGCUGGUGCCGUACCUGCCGUCCGGAGAGUCUCUGCCUCAGAGCUCGGAGCAGCUGCACAACACACUCAGCUCGCCGCAGUUUCAGCAGGCCAUGAGCAUGUUCAGCAGCGCCCUGGCGUCCGGGCAGUUGGGGCCUCUGAUGAACCAGUUCGGUUUGCCUGCAGAGGCCGUCGACGCCGCCAACAAAGGAGAUGUGGAGGCGUUCGCCAAAGCGAUGGAGACGGAGACUAAGUCUGAGCCGGACGGAGACGGAGACGCCAAAGACAAGAAGGACGACGACGAAGACAUGAGUCUGGACUGAGAAGAACCGUUGACCUUAUUAUUUAUUGAAUUUAUUUAGCUGCUUAUUCUGAUUUGUUAACGUUGAUGAGGAGUAUUAAUAUAUAUGUGACAGUUUUUGAUUUAAUAUCUACUGAUGUAACUGAACAAACAGUAAAGUGAUGAGAAACA